AUGGCUCCUAUGAACCCAACAUGGGUCAUGUCGCAACCGACCGGCUAUGAAACCGGAAGCUACCUGGCCCUGGAUAUGGGGGGCACCAACCUGCGCGUCUGCCAAGUCACCCUUACGGAGCAGAAAUCCGAGUUUGAUAUUAUCCAAUCGAAGUACCGUAUGCCGGAUGAGCUGAAGACGGGCGAGUCUGAGGAGCUCUGGGAGUACAUUGCCGACUGCCUGCAGCAGUUCAUCGAGACACACCACGGCGAUGCGUCCAAGCUGGACAAGCUUCCGCUUGGCUUCACCUUUUCCUACCCUGCCACCCAGAACUACAUCGAUGAGGGCAUUCUCCAGCGCUGGACCAAGGGCUUUGACAUCGACGGUGUCGAGGGCCACAAUGUGGUGCCCAUGUUCGAAGCUGCCCUUGCGCAGAGGGUGAUACCUAUCAAGCUGACCGCCCUCAUCAACGACACAACGGGUACACUCAUUGCCUCGGCGUACACCGACCCUAAGAUGAGAAUCGGUUGCAUCUUUGGCACGGGUUGUAACGCUGCCUACAUUGAGAACUGCGGUUCUAUCCCUAAGCUGGCCCACCUAAACCUGCCGCCCGAGACCCCUAUGGCCAUCAACUGCGAGUGGGGUGCCUUUGACAACGAGCAUAAGGUGCUGCCUCGCACGCCCUAUGAUAUCGCCAUCGACAAGGAUUCUCCUCGCCCUGGCCAGCAGGCGUUCGAGAAGAUGAUCGCGGGUCUUUACCUGGGUGAAAUCUUCCGCCUGAUUAUGGUCGACCUGCACGACAAGAAGGAGGUCAACAUAUUCGCCGGCCAGGAUAUCUCCAAGCUCCGGAAGCCGGAUCCCUUUGAGAACCUCUCGGAAACGCUUGAUCUCUUCCAGAGCAAGCUAAACAUCAGCCCGAACCUCCCAGAGCUGGAGCUUAUCCGCCGUACCUCGGAGCUGAUCGGCACGCGCGCGGCUCGCCUGUCGGCGUGUGGUGUGGCGGCCAUCAGCAUCAAGAAGGAGUACGCCUCUUGCCACGUGGGUGCCGACGGCUCCGUGUUCAACAAGUACCCGCACUUCAAGGCCCGCGGCGCUCAGGCACUGCGCGAGAUCCUGGACUGGCCCGAGAAGAGCAACCCCACGGACGAAGAUCCCAUCGAGAUCCUGGCUGCUGAGGACGGCAGUGGUGUGGGUGCCGCGCUGAUUGCUGCGCUGACUCUGCAGCGCGUUAGGGAAGGCAACAUGCACGGCAUUCUCCACCCUGAGAACUUCAAGUAG